AUGGGGGCUGCGCUGAAUGGUGUGGCUGCCCCUCGUAGAGAUCCUGAGCCCCAGAUAAUUGCACUGACUGAAGGUACAGUCACUCCUUUGUGCCCAAAAGGAUAUUUUCCCUGUGGGAAUCUGACCAAGUGCCUGCCCCGGGCUUUCCACUGCGACGGCGUGAACGACUGCGGGAACGGGGCUGACGAGGGCAACUGCGGAGACACGAGUGGAUGGGCAACUAUAUUUGGCACAGUCCAUGGAAAUGCUAAUAAUGUGACAUUGACACAGGAGUGCUUUCUAGACCAGUUUCCACAGCGUUGUGACUGCAAAGAAACUGAGCUGGAAUGCGUGGAUGCUGGCUUAAAGUUUGUGCCCGUGACUUCCAGCAAUGCCACCUUGCUGUCUCUUAAGAAAAACAAAUUCACAGUCUUCCAGAUAAAUUUUAUCAAAUACACAGAACUUAUAAAGAUAUUCCUUCAGCAUAACUGUAUUAGACACGUAUCCAGGAAAGCAUUUUUUGGAUUACAUAAUCUGCAAAUAUUAUAUCUCAGCCACAACUGCAUUACAGCUCUCAGACCUGGAGUAUUCAAAGACUUGCAUCAGCUAACUUGGCUGGUGGUCAGCAGCAUCUGUGGCCUCUCUACCCCACCAGAUGCCAGCAGCUCUGGCAUCCAGAGUUGUGACAACCCACAGUAUCUCCAGACAUUUCCAGUGCCCCUGGGGGAACACCAUCUGUUGAAAACCACUCACCAGGAAACUUUCACUGUCACCCACAGGGACCUGUCUAGCAAUAUGAUAAUGGAGCUACCACUGCACAUUUUUGAAAACCUGAGGCUUCUACAAAAAUUGAAUCUGUCAUCCAAUCCUCUUUUGUGUCUCCAUAAAAACCAGUUUGAAAACCUUGAACAACUCCAGUCUCUAGACCUGGAAAGGAUAGAGAUUCCAAAUAUAAAUACACAAAUGUUUCAGCCCAUGAAGAAUCUUUCUCACAUUUAUUUUAAAAACUUUCAAUACUGCUCCUAUGCUCCCCAUGUCCGAAUAUGUAUGCCCUUGACUGACGGCAUUUCUUCAUUUGAAGACCUCUUGGCCAACAAUAUCCUCAGAAUAUUUGUCUGGGUUAUAGCUUUCAUAACCUGCCUCGGAAAUCUUUUUGUCAUUGGCAUGAGAUCUAUCAUUAAAGCCGAAAAUACGACUCACGCUAUGUCCAUCAAAAUCCUUUGCUGUGCGGACUGCCUGAUGGGCGUCUAUCUGUUCUUCAUUGGCUUUUCCGAUCUGAAAUACCGCGGGCAGUAUCAGAAGUACGCGCUGCUGUGGGUGGAGAGCUUGCAGUGCCGCCUCAUGGGGUUCCUGGCCGUGCUGUCCACCGAAGUCUCCGUGCUCUUGCUCACCUACUUGACUCUGGAGAAGUUCCUGGCCGUUGUCUUUCCCUACAGUAACCUUCGUCCUGGAAAACGGCAGACCUCGGUCAUCCUCUUGGGCAUCUGGAUCGUGGGGUUUUUAAUAGCGGUGAUUCCCUUUUGGAAUGAGGAUUAUUUUGGAAAGUUUUAUGGAAAAAAUGGAGUCUGUUUCCCCCUUUAUUAUGACCAAACAGAAGACGUCGGAAGCAAAGGAUAUUCUCUGGGCAUUUUCCUAGGUGUGAACUUGCUGGCUUUUCUCAUCAUCGUCUUUUCCUAUACUAUCAUGUUCUGUUCCAUUCAAAAAACUGCCUUGCAAACUUCGGAAGUGAAGAAUCACAUUGGAAGAGAGGUGGCCAUUGCAAAUCGCUUCUUUUUUAUAGUGUUCUCUGAUGCCAUCUGCUGGAUUCCGGUAUUUGUCAUUAAAGUUCUUUCCCUCUUCCGAGUGGAAAUACCAGGCCCAGUCACUUCCUGGGUGGUGGUUUUCUUCCUGCCGGUCAGCAGUGCCUUGAACCCCAUCCUCUACACACUCACAACCAGCUUCUUCCAGGACAAGUUUAAACAGCUGCUGCACAAACACCGAAGGGAAUCGGUUUUCAAAACUAAAAACAAGAGUGUAUCCACGUCCAUUGUGUGGACAGAUGAUUCCUCUUCGCUUAAACUUGGGGUUCUGAACAAAAUAGCCCUUGGCGAUAGUAUGGGGAAACCAAUUUCCUAG